AUGGCUAGUUCUGAUGUUCAAAUGACUAUAGAUGAUUCCAGUGAUUAUGAUAGUCAGUGCAGUAGUUCUGACGAAUCAGAUAAUGAUUCUAAUUUCAACGAGGAUUUUGAAGAGAGUGAUACCGAAAGUGAACAUGAACCUGAUCUUGAUCCAAGUUUUGAAAUGCCCUGGACAGAGAACGGGAUUCCAAGGCCAGCGUUCCAUUUUACGUCAAACAGGGGUGCACAAGUAAUCAAUUUAAAGGGUAUAUUGCAAACUUUUGAAUAUUUUUUAGAUGAUCUAAUAGAUAUGAUAAUCAGAGAAACAAACAAAUAUGCAUCGCAGUAUAUUCCUUCGAAUCAAGAUAACCUCAAGCCAAAUUCCCGAGCUAAAACAUGGUUUGAUACAGAUAGUAAUGAAAUUAGGACCCUUAUCGGGUUGCUAAUAUUACCGUCCUAAGCCUGAGUACAAAAUGUAAUUUUCACAACGAGAGAGCAUCGAGACUCCUUUUUUCUCUAAAGUAUUGGUGAGAGAUUUUUUGCUAAAGUUUUUAGAUAAUUCUACUAUAAAUCCACAUACAAAAACCUGAAAAUUGGUCAAAGUUUUACCAGUUUUGGAUUUUUUGAAAAAAGUAUGUCAGCUUAUAUACCAGAACAAAACAUUGCCAUAGAUGAGUCCUUGAUAGGAUGGAAAGGCAGACUGCUUGGAAACAGUACAUACCCUCGAAAAGGAAACGAUUUGGCAUGGACGUUUUUGC